AUGGGUCGUGAUGGUCUCACGAUUACCAUGGACCAAGACACUUGCGAUAUCACGUCAAUGCUCUGGAACGACUUCGAGCUGCAAUAUUCGGCCAAGAACACCCACGUUAACUCUGGAUUAGGCACUAUCACUAGCUCGAUCAAGACGCUAGAUGACUCUACCAUCCAAAUCACGUGUACGAUACCGGGUCUCGAGCAAACCUAUCUUUUUCGCCCAAACGAGAACGCAAUCUACAUGGGGACGUACCACACGACCGACGCGGAGCUGCGAUUCCUUGCACGUCUGGACCGCACAACAAUUAAUAACGGUAUGAGCUCGGCUUCUACCCCGCGAUCCCGUUCAUCGAGGACCAAGUGCAUGGUGUGA